AUGUCCUUUGGUGUCAGAAGAGUAAGCAAGCAGAUUGCUCGCACAAGUGCUAGAAGCGAAGAGGUGUUGUCUGACGAAGCAUGGAUGGACUAUAACGUCGAUAUUGCUGAGUACCAUGUGGUAAACGAUCCGUUGGUCUUGAGUUCAAGUAGCGACGACGAUGAGCAAUGGGAGUAUGAGCAUGAACAAGAAGAUCCAAUACGCCGGAUCGACAGGUGGAUGAGUUCGCAUACGGUUGCAGUACGAAUGCAGACUCCCGAUAUUGUUUCAGUGGAAGAUGAAGAAGAUUAUUAUGAUGAUGGUGAUAGCGAGGGCGGGAGCCGGGUGUGUCUUGUUGUUCCUUACCUUUCCGAGAAAUUUGUGUGUUUGACGGAGUACCAGUUAGAGUUGGUGCGCAAACUUGUGGUUGAAAUGCUCCCAUUGCUUCCACGGUCGAGUGUUGGGGGGCCAGGUGGUAGUAAUAGUGGUAGUAGUAGUAGUACUGGUAUUAGUAGUGGUGGUGGCAGGGCUGCUACCCGAAAGAACAACAAGUACAGAUUGCCCAGCGUGCUUAUCUAG